AUGGACAGGUCCAAUCGGACCUCCUCCAUGGUGGAGUUCAUUCUCUUGGGCCUCUCAACCCACCCAAGGCUGGAGAAAACAUUCUUUGUGCUCAUCCUGCUGAUGUACUUGGUGAUCUUACUGGGCAAUGGGGUCCUCAUCCUGGUGACCAUCCUUGACUCUCGCCUACACACACCCAUGUACUUCUUCCUGGGGAACCUCUCCUUCCUGGACAUCUGCUACACAACCUCCUCAGUCCCUCUGGUCCUGGAUGGCUUCCUCACUCCCAGGAAAACCAUCUCCUUCUCAGCCUGUGCUGUACAGAUGUUUCUCUCCUUCACCAUGGCAGGGACAGAGUGUGUGCUUCUGAGCAUGAUGGCGUUUGAUCGCUAUGUGGCCAUCUGCAAUCCCCUUAGAUACACUAUGGUCAUGAGCAAGGCUGCCUACGUGCCCAUGGCUGCCAGCUCCUGGGCUAUUGGUGGUGCUGCUUCUGUGCUUCGGUAG